UUUUUGAUACUUUACCACCAAUGCGCUAUCAGGAAACAAUGAGUACAAUCCGGACAUGGAUCCAGGAGUCAGAAAAGAAACUCUCUAUACCUCAUCUUACUGUUACUGAAUAUGAAAUAAUGGAGCAGAGACUCGGGAAAUUACAGGCUUUGCAAAGUUCCUUAAAAGAGCACCAGAAUGGCUUCAACUAUCUGAGCACUACUGUGAAGGAAAUGGCCAAGAAAGCACCUUCAGAAAUAAGCCAGAAAUAUCAGUCAGAAUUUGAAGAGGUUGAGGGGCGUUGGAAGAAGCUCUCCAAACAGCUGACAGAAUAUUGCCAAAAGCUAGAAGAACAUAUGAAUAAACUUCGAAAAAUUCAG